AUGCAAGGAAUAUUCCUUGCUAUUCCCGAGGAAGUCUGGGGGGAUUCUAGAACUUCUGCAAGAGUUCUUGACCUCAGCAACAAUGUUAUUCAAGAAGUACCUGCCUUGAUUGGCUGUAUGAAUUCCUUGCAGAAACUUUUACUCGAUUCAAAUGAUAUAUCGGAGGACUCUGUUAGCUGGGAAGCACUAAAAUCUUUAAAGUCUUUAACUGUUCUUUCUCUGAACCAAAACCGUUUAACUAGAUUGUCAUCGGAUCUGGGCUGGUUGCCAUCAUUAAGGCAACUUCAUGUUGCGAACAACAUGUUGUCUGGCCUCCCAAGUGAAUUGCGAUAUCUGCCUAAGCUUGAAGUUCUGAAAGUCAACAAUAACAGGAUCACCACCAUUCCUCCAUGGAUAGGGGACCUUAUUUCUCUUAUUGAGGUUGAUCUUUCAUCAAAUCUUCUGUCAGAUUUGCCCGAGACAUUUAGCAGUUUGCAUAAUCUAAAGUCCCUGUCUCUCAGUAAGAAUGGGCUGAAAUCUCUCCCUUCUUCGCUAUUCAAAAUGUGCCUAAUGCUCACAAGACUUGACUUGCACAACACAGAAAUAACCAUGGAUAUCCUUCGUCAGAUUGAGGGAUGGGAAAACUUUGAUGAACGCCGUCGCUUGAAGCAACGGAAGAAACUGGAUUUUCGUGUUGUGGGCUCUGCUGCAUUUGAUGAAGGUGCUGAUAAAAGCUGAUGCUAGUGAUUUCUGGAAUCUGGAUUACAUGCUGCAUUUGUGUAAAUUUCAGUCCAUGCUGACUUCUGUAUCUAGAGGAACCAAAUUGAGUUUUGUCCAUGAUAGUUUGUUAUAGGAUUUUAUAUAAAUCAGAGAAAUUGGUACGAUGGAUAUUUGAGAAAUACUUUGAAAAU